GGGGAAGGAGUUGGGAAAGGGAAGAUUGCAUUGCAGGACAGCUUUCCCUGUCCACCAUUUGGAGCUAAUGCAACUGAGUCCCUUGUCUGCUUUUCUCCCAAAGAGCAGGGUCCAGUGAUUGACAGAGUGAAAGGAGAAGCUGCAUCCUGAGAAUUAAGACCUGUGCAGUGUAAACAUCUUCGUGUCACCAUGAUUCUGCAUCCUCAGGUGGUGGCCUUAGGUCUCCUUCUUCUCCAGACAGGUGCUGUAUUUGCUAACCAAGUGGAUACCAUGGAGGGUGAGACGGUCACUCUACCCUGCAGCUACUCAGUGAGAAACAGGAGAACCCUACCCAUGUGCUGGGACCGAGGACCCUGUUCCUCUUCUAGAUGCUCCCGCACACUCAUCAAGACGGAUGGACACCGAGUGACCUAUCGGAAGGACAGCCGCUAUUGGCUCCAUGGGAAGAUUAGUCAAGGAGAUGUGUCCCUCACCAUUCAGAAUGUGACCGAGGGUGACAGUGGCCUGUACUGUUGCCACACUGAGUUUCUGAGAUGGUUCAGUCGUAGCAAAAAAACGGUGCAGCUCAGUGUUUUGCCAGCUGGGACCACAAGUGUUCCCACAUCAGCCAGUGUCUCCACUUCUCCUCAAACUACAGAGCAGACGCAGAGCAACGAAACAGAAAGUUCUCUACUUGUUCCAACCCAAGCGGUAGGAACCCAGCAUACAACCCUGCAAGAAACAAGACCUCAGCCUGUCACCUCCACCAUGGAUUCACGGCCAUCAGUUGCCAGCCUGUGGGUACACUUCCCUUCUGAACCUGUCUUUGGCCACACAUUCCUGGUAACUGGUGAAUCUGCAAUCGACCUGCAAUGA